AGUAAACGCAGGCUGGGCUCAUCAAACACUAAUUCUUCAGUGCAGAAACUUUCCUCACUUUAAUUACAAUUUAAAUCUAUUCAAAGAAAGUUGCUGCUUCUGACGGGUUUACUUCCCCCUGUGUCGGACAGCUGUAAAAUCGUGUAGACAGGUUGUCAUACAACAAUCAAAGCCGUCGGUGAAUGGACUCUAAUGCUCGAACAUUUAACAUACAAUAAGUCCAAACACGGAGAGAGAAAGGGAGGAGAGAAGGAGAGAGAGAGAAGGAGAGAGAGAGAGAGAGUGAGAGAGAGGGGCCCUAGCCAAUGCGCUCCCUCUAUAUUCACAUUAUCCGCAUAGCUCCGAACGAGGAGGAGCUUGUAGGCUCAAGAAGGGGAUGCCAAUCAAAGCAUCAACUUCAAAUUAUAUCUGAGAGAUCAGCCUGGAGACCUCGGGGCCAAGCGCGUCAGUCGGAGCGCAAUUGUUGAUCAGAUCACAUCCAGCGGACUUUGCGCAAGAGGAAAAAAAGAGGAAAAAAGGGAGAGGAAGCCGAGAUUUAAGAGCGGUUUGCUCUGACUUCAUACCUCUAUGUUUGUUUGAAGCAGCACAGACUCUGGCUUAAGAACUUCUCCUGAACUCCUUGUGGUUCUUUAUUUUCUCUCCUCUUUUUUUCAAAAUUUUUUUCUUUUUUUUUUAAGUUUCUCGCCUACUUUUUUGCGCACUUCUUGUCGGACGCUCGACCUGUGCGUCAGUUCGGCGGUGGAGAUGUCUUUCCCGCAGCUAGGCUACCCGCAGUAUUUAAGUGCUUCCCAGGCGGUUUACGGGAGCGACAGAGCCGGAGUGCUCACGCCGUCGUCCCGGGGAGGGAGCACGGACAUCGGAGGGAGUCCAUCCGCCACCGCCGCAGCCGUCACGUCGGUGCUGGGCAUGUACGCCAACCCGUACGCGCACAACUACAGCGCUUUCUUGCCUUACACCAGCGCAGACCUGGCUCUGUUCUCCCAAAUGGGGUCCCAGUAUGAGCUGAAGGACAGUCCCGGCGUGCACCCUGCCAGCUUCGCAGCCCACACAUCUCCUGCCUUCUACCCCUACGGUCAGUUCCAGUACGGAGACCCCGCCAGGCCCAAGAACGCCACCCGGGAGAGCACCAGCACCCUGAAAGCCUGGCUCAACGAGCACAGGAAGAACCCGUACCCGACCAAGGGGGAGAAAAUCAUGCUGGCCAUCAUCACCAAAAUGACGCUGACGCAGGUCUCCACUUGGUUCGCCAACGCCAGGAGGAGGCUGAAGAAGGAGAACAAGGUGACUUGGGGCAGCAGGAGCAAAGAGGACGGGGAGGACGGCAAUUUAUUCGGAAGCGGGGACGAGGCGGAGAAGAAUGAAGACGAGGAGGAGAUCGAUCUGGAGAGCAUCGAUAUAGACAAAAUCGACGAGAACGACGGGGAUCAGAGCAAUGACGACGAGGACGAUAAAUCCACGGAGGGGAGCAGGGAGCUCAGGGGCGGCGUGGGGGUGCCUGGGGAGUUAGACAGCCUGGAGAAAAGGCGGGCCUUCGCCCUGCAGGCCCACGAGGCCUUUGAGAAAUCCAAGAUUUCGGCGCACGCGGGCGCCAAGGACGCAUCAGACGCCAACAACACCAGGGUUUUGUCUCCGGACAGACCGGGUCGCUUCCCCCUCCCCUCCUCCAAUAAGCCCAAAAUAUGGUCCUUAGCGGAGACGGCCACCAGCCCCGACAGCUCCUCUCAGAAGCCCACGUCCCCCUGUGGGCCGGGAGCCCCCACUCACCCGUCAGCGCCCCACCACCAGAUCCAGACGCACCCGGCCUUCCUUCCCAGCCACGGACUGUACACAUGUCAGAUUGGAAAGUUCCACAAUUGGACAAACGGGGGGUUCCUGGGCCAGAACUCCCUGCUGAAUGUGAGGUCGUUUCUUGGAGUGAAUCAGCACCAUCACCACCACCACAACCACCACUUGGCAGUCCAACAGCAGCAGCAGCAGCAGCCGCAGCAGCAGCAGCCGACAUCAGUGGUGGUGUCACCGGUAGCAGCUUCUGCAGCAGUCGGCAACGACAGCAAGGCCCCAACAGAAAACCACAGUCCCAAUCACAUAGAGCGUGAAAACGGCGUAAGAUCUGAUUCGCCUCCAACACAGACGCUGAAGUCUUCCUUUCGACCCAUUCUUGACAGAUCCUCUCUGCCUUCCAGCGCCAGGAGUCCACAAGACGCCACACAACGGGUCCUCACUGCGCUCUCCUCGGCUUGAUCAAGACAUUUUUUUAUAUUUUCUAUUUUGCUUUUGAUUGAAAAAAAGAGAAAAGAAUGAAAUAAAAAAAUGAGAUAAGA